AGCUUGUCAUGAGGGCGGCGUGUGUGAUCAUCUUGGCCUCUCUGGCGGUGUCCAUGUCACCCGGGACCCAGGCUCAGACUCUGCCGGGUGAGGGUGACCCGUCUCCGGAUGAGCUGCUCCAGCUGCUCCGCUCCAUGCUCACACAGAUGGAGGACGAGAACAACGCCAACGGAGAGCAGACGGAGUGGCUGGAGAAGAGACAGCAUCCCGGUAAACGCGAGGAGGAGGACAGCGGCCGGCUGACGAGGCAGCACCCCGGGAAGCGGCUGUCUCUGGAGCAGGUGAUGCUGGAGGAGCCCAGCGCGCAGAGCGAGCUCUCCAAGCGCCAGCACCCCGGCAAACGAUACCUGAUGCUGCUCCACAAACGGAGAGAGCUGCAGGAGGCAGAGGGGGACUUCUCGGACCUGGCCAAGCGCCAGCACCCCGGGAAGAGGCUGGAGCUCCUGGACAGAAGCGGCGCCGAGGAGAAGCGGCAGCAUCCCGGCAAACGCCUCGAGCUGGAGGACGAUCUCACGGAGCGAGAGUGACUGGCAAAAGAGUUCGCUGAAUUGUCCGAGUUGUUAAAACGGAUGGUUAAGUACGUGUUAAUUGCUUUCCACAGCGUCCGACUGAUGGAAAACGCACUCGUCUCCAUGUGUCCUAUACAACGUGUUCCUGGAUCAACAUCCUUAUUGAUCCUGGAACAACAUUCCAAUCA